AUGGCAGCACCUCAAGUCAUUGUGGUCGGUGGUGGAUUGUCCGGCCUCAGUGCCGCCCACACCGUCUACCUGAACGGUGGCAACGUCCUCGUUCUGGACAAGCAGGCCUUCUUCGGUGGCAACUCCACCAAGGCCACCUCCGGCAUCAAUGGUGCCCUCACUCGCACCCAGACCGAGCUCGGCAUCCGCGACAGCGUCAAAGCCUUCUACGAGGACACCCUCAAGUCCGCCCGUGACAAGGCCCGCCCCGACCUCAUCAAGGUCCUGACCUACAAGUCCGCCUCCGCCGUCGAAUGGCUGCAGGAUGUCUUCAACCUCGACCUCACCCUCGUCUCCCGCCUUGGUGGUCACUCCUUCCCUCGUACCCACCGUGGUCACGAUGCCAAGUUCCCCGGUAUGGCCAUCACCUACGCUCUCAUGCAGCGUCUCGAGGAGCUUGCCGACGCCGAGCCUAGCCGUGUCCAGAUCAUCAAGAAGGCCAACGUCACCGCCGUAAACAAGACCGAUAACCACGUCACUGGCGUUACUUACACUCUCAACGGCGAGACCAAGACCGCUGAUGGUGUCGUCGUCCUCGCCACUGGUGGUUACGCUGCUGAUUUCGGCGACUCCUCCCUGCUGAAGAAGCACCGUCCCGAUACCUUCGGCCUGUCCUCCACCAACGGCACCCACGCCACUGGUGACGGUCAGAAGAUGCUGAUGGAGAUCGGCGCCAACGGCAUCGACAUGGACAAGGUCCAGGUUCACCCGACCGGUCUGGUCGACCCCAAGGACCCCGGUGCCAAGUUCAAGUUCCUGGCCGCCGAGGCCCUCCGUGGUGAGGGUGGUCUCCUGCUGAACUCGGACGGCCAGCGCUUCUCCGACGAGCUGGGCCACCGUGACUACGUCUCGGGCCAGAUGUGGAAGGAGAAGGAGAAGGGCAAGUGGCCCAUUCGCCUGGUGCUGAACAGCAAGGCCUCCAAGGUCCUGGACUUCCACACCCGCCACUACUCCGGCCGUGGUCUCAUGCGCAAGAUGACGGGCAAGGAGCUGGUCGAGGAGAUCGGCUGCGGCGAGGCGGCCCUCAAGAAGACCUUCGACGACUACAACCUCAUCGCCGAUGGCAAGAAGAAGGACCCCUGGAACAAGAAGUUCUUCCACAACAUGCCCUUCAACCUCGACGACGAGUUCCACGUCGCUACCAUGGAGCCCGUCCUCCACUUCACCAUGGGCGGUAUCGAGAUCAACGAGCACGCCCAGGUCCUGAACUCCGAGAAGGAGCCCUUCACCGGCCUCUACGCCUGCGGUGAAUUGGCCGGCGGUGUCCACGGCGCCAACCGUCUGGGUGGUUCCUCCCUGCUGGGCUGUGUCGUCUACGGCCGUGUCGCCGGUGACUCGGCGUCGCAGCACCUUUUCCAGAAACUCAUCAACACCGGCUCCUCCGCUGCCCAGCAGCGUCUGGGCCAGAUCUCCCUGCACAUCGACCCCAACACCCCCGGCAAGAUCUCCGUUGAGUGGGGCGGUGCGGCCCCCGGUGGCUCCCUGCCUUCUGUGGCUGCCACCCCGGCUGCUGCCGCCGCUGAUGCGUCGACCGCUGCCCCCGAGGCGACCUCCAAGCCGGACCCAGCCAACUUCCAGAUUCCCGAGAAGGAGUACACCAUGGAAGAGGUUGCCCAGCACAACAAGAAGGAUGACCUCUGGAUUGUCGUCAAGGGCGUCGUCCUCGACGUGACCAACUGGCUGGACGAGCACCCGGGCGGUGCUAACGCUCUGUUCAACUUUAUGGGCCGUGAUGCUACUGAGGAAUUCGCCAUGCUGCACGACGACGAGGUCAUCCCCAAGUACGCCGGCCAUAUCGUCAUCGGCCGCGUCAAGGGCCAGACCCCCAGCCUGGAGCUGUAG